CUUUAUUUACAUUACCACAAUAACAAUUAUCAGUAUGGAGCUCGCAGCGUCAGUUAGGAAUUUAUUUAAAAAACGAGAUCUUAAAGACGAAAUCGAAAAGUCAUUAGGCGAGGACAGAAAUUUCGAAAAUGUAUUGACGGACGUGUUCGUUGUUUACGCUAAGUUGGGAUUUUUCCAUCUGGCCGAUUGGGAGACAACAAUAUGUAAGUCGAUUGGAAAUGUAAAUCCAUUACCUCAGCCGGAUCUUCACGUCACACCCAGUACUAAUCCUAGCACUGAGGAUGGUUCUCAAACUGAUAAUGUUGCUCAAACUGAUGAUGGUGCUCAAGCUGAUAAUAUUGCUCAAACUGAUGAUGGUGUUCAAGCUGAUGCUGUAGCGCCAAGUGUUCAACGUCGGCGUCAGCGUGUAAAGAUAGCAUCAGAAGUCGCACGGCGUUCGGAAAGGAUCAGAUGGCAAGCAGAACGAUACACAUACAACUAACAACUGCUUGUGCUAACUUAAAAUUUUGAUUGGUUACGGCUCAAGUAAAUAUUCGAUGUCAUUGCCGACUCUGAGAAUUUACCGAAUUCAUUGAUUCAAAAGAAAUUAUUAAAAUUCUUAGAAAGUAUUGAAGUGCUGCAAAUCCGUCUGGCCUUUAAUAACUGCCUUUCCAAUCUUAGAUGAUUUCUAAAUAAAGACAAAAUUA